UUUCAGAUUCCAAAAUGUCGGAGCCGAGCAAUUUGGUGUCUAAAUUUCAAAAACUUCGCGUUGAAGCUUCCAAGAUACAGAAUGAGUUUAAAGAGAAACCCAGCUAUACGCUGUUCAAAGAGACUCUGGACAUAAGCGAGAAGCUUUUGGAAAAACAAUUCGAAUUCAACGAUGAGAUGAAGCAAAUUCAGCAGAACGUGAUGUCGGAGUUGAAAUCUGUGAAAAAAGAACUGAAACAGGCGACAUCAAUUAAGGAUCUUCUUGAGAUUCUCGAAAUAAUCCAGAAGAUUUUUAAAAAACAAGACGAAUUUCAGCAAGUCCAGGAAAAUCAAAACAAAUCGAUCGAAAAUUUGAAUUCGGAAUUGAAGACUGUCAAAGCAGAGCUGAAUGAGACGAAAAAGCAACAAGAGUCUCAGGAAAAAUUGAUCGACAAUUCGGAUAAAAACUUGAAACUGAUUUUAGAAUCGAUAUUGAAAUUUCAGAAAAGUCAAGAUCAGAUUAUGAUGAAGAUUAUGGAAGGAUCAGCUGUGCAAGACGUCCCACUUGGAACUGUAGAAUUGACAAAAAUUGACCCAUUUUUUGAGAUUUUGGUUAUCUGGACCGAAUCGUGUGGCAUAUUCGCGUCUGAAAACCACUGGAAACUUCGCGUGUGCGGAUCGGAUACAAUUCGACACAUCAAACUUCGCAUCAAUUCACUUGCAAAAGUAGACAUCAGCUCGUUCAGAAUGGUGCUUCGUGGAAAACUUCUCGAAGACCACCACUCUCUCGCCUACUACAACAUUCAAGAAGGCGCAUUAAUUUGGCUAUACUCUCGUUGAAUCAUAAUUAUUCUAAUUUUCAUUCACUUUUUUCAAGAUAUUGUUAUUUUGCGAAUAAAUAAUUGUUAACUAAAA